AUGCCUCUCCCAAAUCAACCGCCGCCGCCGCCGGCGGCGACCGAGCGCAUCUAUAAGCCCUCAAGCUGGGAUCCGCGGCUCGAGGUUCAACGUCGGGAGAGAUCGGAGCUUCUCAAGAAGAUCAUCGACUCGUAUGAUCAUGCCCAGAAGCGACUCGCCAUGGCCACGACAUUCAAAGAGGAGAUCUUCGUCGGCGCCGGCCUCUCCUUUGGCCUCCUCGACCCGACCACCAACAUCAUCUACAACACCCUCAGCGCCUCCGACCUCUGCGCUGACGAGAUCAAGGCUGUUCAGCACCGGGACAUUGCCGAGCGCUCCCUGGACGGCCUUGUCGCCUUCCUCGUCUCCUUCUUCCGCUACCUCGCGGAGUGGGAGGCCGUGCGCUACCUGCUCCACGCCGACACCGACCUCGUCUACGCGAUGCGCCUCAUCGUGCAUGACCGGUGUCUCUCUUUCUUCAAUAUCAACUCUGAUACCAGCAGGUCCGUUGUCCGCACGGCCCUAAUGUGCGCGGCGCGGGCCUCUAAGCACAUGAAUCCCCAGCACCUAGUCAGCACCUGGCUGUCGCCGAUUCGCCCUCUGGAAGAAGCUGUCCACGCGAUCCAGAAUGACAUCAAUAGUUUCACCUCUGUAUUCGACCCACGUCACCAUGCUCGCAAGCGUCCUCGCAUGUCAGUGCAACCCCUUGAUUUUGCUUGGAAGCGCGCAUUCGAGCUCCCACAGUUGCCAUCCUCCGUCGUGCCUUACCGACCUUACCAGUCCAUGAAGUUUGCGCUCCUCCAGCGCAUCCACGCUUUCUACCUCAAGGCACUUGCCCUGCUUCCGGUGACUGAGCUCCGGUCUUGCUACCACCACAGCAUGCUCAAGGCUGGCCACUGCUAUGGCCCCUUCGAUCCUGUUGCCAACAUCAUUAUCAACACAAUCUGGUAUAACUCCGUCUCCCCACCGACCAAAAAACUCAAGCUUGACAUGAUCAGUACCAAUAGUCUGUUACGCAUCGAGGCUCGCUCCUUCUAUGGCCUUGUUUCUUUCCUCUGCGCUUCCGGCAAGAAACUCUAUGAAGCCAUGCGCUUCUUGCUUAUUUCUGAUUGCACUCUGGGCGAUAUGAACUUUUCGAACCCUUUGGUUGACUUCGGCGAUCAAAACAAAAUUUGUAAUAGUUUCAGGGUUGCCGGUGUGGCUGCUUGGCACCCUGACCCUGUCGCGCAAGCAGAGUUUAUUUCCUCAUGCAAGUAUCCAUUCUCAAGUCCGAGGAUUAAUGCUCCACUCGACUCUGCUGAUGUUGACCACAUUACCAGAAAGAUGUUUCACGGACUCCCCGCCCUUGGCAGUUCGCUGCGGCGUCAAUCUGUUCCCAUGCCCAAGCUCUGCCGUCGUGUUGAAUAUAAAAUUGACCAAUGGAUGCACGAGUAUACAAGAAUCUCAAAGAAAGUCAAAGCAGCGCUUGCCUCAUACAGAGAACCCUUGUAUCUUCAUGUUAUUUGUGGCGUCAACAAUAAUGUGUCUGGCCCUGAGUACUGUAUGGAUGGUCACAAACCCGUUUACAUAUACCAACAUACUCAUGUUAAUUUUCUGGCAAGUCGAAGAGAUGGACAUCCAGAACUCUUCUUUGCUGAACUUAGCAACGACGAGGCAGAGGAUGGAGGUGGGAAGGUUUUGUGUUGUCCUGUGAGCUUUCCACAGCCACGACAAGAAGAAAUCCGCUGUCUGUACUGUGAUUAUGAAGGUACUAAAAUUGUGCACCCGGCUAUGGAGGAAUUCCCAUUCAAAGGGCGCGACUUGGAGUUUCAGAAGAUGGUGUGUGGAAUAGAUCCCUACGAAGAUGAACCCUGUCCAGACGUUUCGCAGUUCUACACCAACUGCACUAUCAUCAGGACCUCGUCCAGGGCAUUAGAUUGCGUGGGACAUCUGGGAGAAGAUGACUGGAUCUAUACCGACUUUGAUGACGACAGUGAUGAGGAAGAUGACAGUGAUGAUUAUAGUUGUGAAUCCGAGUGA